AUGUGAGGGACUAUGUAUUUACUUCUGACUCAGGAAGUAGACUCCUUGAAGGAGUUCCACAGAUACUCAUACUACUGAGUAGUGGAAGAUCUGGAGAUGACAUAAGAACCCCUGUCAGAAUGCUAAAAGAGACUGGUGUCAUAUCAAUUGCUGUUGGAACACCUGAUGCGGACACUCUUGAGCUGCAGACAAUAUCUCAUGACCCUAAUUAUGUGGUCUCUGUUACUGAUUAUGAGGAACUUCCCAAUGCUAAGGAAGAAGUCUUGUCACUGAUACAAAGUGCUUCCCAUCACCCAGAGCAAACUGCUUCCUCAAAGGCUUUUGAUACUGAGAAACAUGAUGUAGUAUUUCUUAUUGAUGGAUCACUUGACUCAAGAAAUGGCUUUGAAGAGAUACGACGCUUUGUUAAAACAAUGGUUGAAAGUUUAAACAUAGAUGAGAACAGAGACCAAGUUGCUGUUGUUCAAUACAACCGUGACUCCACAGUCAACUUCUACCUGAAUUCCUAUUCAACCAAGAAUGAUGUUCUCAAUUCCAUCGGAACAAUAAGACACAAGUCGGGGAGACCCCUCAACAUUGGCAAAGCACUUGAGUUUGUCAGAGACAAUGUCUUUGCUGCUUCAGUUGGAGGCAGAAAUGCAGAAUCAGUCCCACAAUAUCUGUAUGUUUUUAGUGGGGGAAGAUCAGGGGAUGAUGUCAGAGGACCAGCACAGUCUCUCAAAGUGAAUGGGAUAAAGACUUUUACUAUUGGAUCAAAUAAUGCUGAUACUUUGGAAAUGCAAACCAUCUCUUUCACGCCUGCAUAUUAUUUUCAUGUGACAAACUUCAACAAUCUGCAAAGCAUACAUCUAUCUGUGGAGGCCGCAUUGAGGGGUACAGAAGACACAACUGAAUUUCCAACUGUGAAUGUGAAAGGAAAGCCAAAAGAAAGAGAUGUUGUGUUCUUGCUGGAUGGAUCUGAUGGUACUAGAACUGGAUUCCGAGCCAUGCAAGACUUUGUCCAAAGAGUAGUAGAGAGACUUAGUGUUGAUGAUAGCAAAGACCGUGUCUCAGUGGUUCAGUACAGCAGAGAUCCAACCGCCCACUUCUAUUUGAACACAUACGGGACAAAAGCCCAGAUGCUUGACAUCGUCAGAGGUUUGAGGCACAAAGGCGGAAGACCCCUCAACACUGGAGCAGCUCUCCAGUACGUGAGGGACAAUGUUUUCACCGCCUCUGCCGGAAGCAGGCGCCUGGAAGGAGCUCCACAGGUCCUCAUACUGCUAAGUGGUGGACGGUCUUCUGACAGUGUUGAUGCAGCGGCCUCUGCUCUUAAACAGUUGGGUGUCUUGACCUUUGCAAUUGGAACCAGGGGGUCUGAUAGCAGAGAACUGCAGAAGAUAUCCCACGAUGACAAUUCUGCUGUCUCUGUGUCUGAUUUCUCCGACCUUCAACUCAUCCAAGAGCAACUUCAGUCCUCUUUGGAGGCUUUGGUUAUUGACGUCGAAACAGAAUCCCCAACUGAACUUGUUUACACUACCCAAAAGGAUAUUGUUUUCCUUCUGGAUGGCUCUGACGGCACAAGGAAUGGCUUCCCUGCCAUGCGUGAUUUUGUUGAGAAAGCGGUUGAAAAACUACACGUGGGAGAAAGAAAAGACCGUGUCUCUGUAGUCCAAUACAGCAGAGAUGUAGAGGUCCAAUUCAAUUUGAAUACAUACUCCACAAAAGAAGAUAUUUUGGAUUCCAUAAGAGGGCUGAAGCACACAGGAGGCCGGCCUCUCAACACCGGGGCUGCCCUUCAAUAUGUCAGGGACAACGUCUUUACAAACCCCGCCGGGAGUCGGCGCCUGCAAGGGGUUCCACAGAUUUUAAUUCUACUAAAUGGUGGGAGGUCUUUUGACAAUGUAGAUACUCCAGCGUCUGUUCUGAAACAGCAGGGCAUCAUUGUCAUUGGCAUUGGAACGAGGAACUCUGACACUGGGGAACUGCGAAAAGUAUCACAUCACCCUAAUUACACUCUAUCUGUGUCUGAAUUCACUGAACUGCCCAGUGUCCAAGAACAGAUUUCCUCUCUAAUGAGCACAGUGGCUGUCAGGGCCACACCCAUGACACCAACAGUAACUGUGGUGACAAAGCAAACGGGAAGAGAUGUUGUGUUCUUGCUGGAUGGAUCUGAUGGUACUAGAACUGGAUUCCGAGCCAUGCAAGACUUUGUCCAAAGAGUAGUAGAGAGACUUAGUGUUGAUGAUAGCAAAGACCGUGUCUCAGUGGUUCAGUACAGCAGAGAUCCAACCGCCCACUUCUAUUUGAACACAUACGGGACAAAAGCCCAGAUGCUUGACAUCGUCAGAGGUUUGAGGCACAAAGGCGGAAGACCCCUCAACACUGGAGCAGCUCUCCAGUACGUGAGGGACAAUGUUUUCACCGCCUCUGCCGGAAGCAGGCGCCUGGAAGGAGCUCCACAGGUCCUCAUACUGCUAAGUGGUGGACGGUCUUCUGACAGUGUUGAUGCAGCGGCCUCUGCUCUUAAACAGUUGGGUGUCUUGACCUUUGCAAUUGGAACCAGGGGGUCUGAUAGCAGAGAACUGCAGAAGAUAUCCCACGAUGACAAUUCUGCUGUCUCUGUGUCUGAUUUCUCCGACCUUCAACUCAUCCAAGAGCAACUUCAGUCCUCUUUGGAGGCUUUGGUUAUUGACGUCGAAACAGAAUCCCCAACUGAACUUGUUUACACUACCCAAAAGGAUAUUGUUUUCCUUCUGGAUGGCUCUGACGGCACAAGGAAUGGCUUCCCUGCCAUGCGUGAUUUUGUUGAGAAAGCGGUUGAAAAACUACACGUGGGAGAAAGAAAAGACCGUGUCUCUGUAGUCCAAUACAGCAGAGAUGUAGAGGUCCAAUUCAAUUUGAAUACAUACUCCACAAAAGAAGAUAUUUUGGAUUCCAUAAGAGGGCUGAAGCACACAGGAGGCCGGCCUCUCAACACCGGGGCUGCCCUUCAAUAUGUCAGGGACAACGUCUUUACAAACCCCGCCGGGAGUCGGCGCCUGCAAGGGGUUCCACAGAUUUUAAUUCUACUAAAUGGUGGGAGGUCUUUUGACAAUGUAGAUACUCCAGCGUCUGUUCUGAAACAGCAGGGCAUCAUUGUCAUUGGCAUUGGAACGAGGAACUCUGACACUGGGGAACUGCGAAAAGUAUCACAUCACCCUAAUUACACUCUAUCUGUGUCUGAAUUCACUGAACUGCCCAGUGUCCAAGAACAGAUUUCCUCUCUAAUGAGCACAGUGGCUGUCAGGGCCACACCCAUGACACCAACAGUAACUGUGGUGACAAAGCAAACGGGAAGAGAUGUUGUGUUCUUGCUGGAUGGAUCUGAUGGUACUAGAACUGGAUUCCGAGCCAUGCAAGACUUUGUCCAAAGAGUAGUAGAGAGACUUAGUGUUGAUGAUAGCAAAGACCGUGUCUCAGUGGUUCAGUACAGCAGAGAUCCAACCGCCCACUUCUAUUUGAACACAUACGGGACAAAAGCCCAGAUGCUUGACAUCGUCAGAGGUUUGAGGCACAAAGGCGGAAGACCCCUCAACACUGGAGCAGCUCUCCAGUACGUGAGGGACAAUGUUUUCACCGCCUCUGCCGGAAGCAGGCGCCUGGAAGGAGCUCCACAGGUCCUCAUACUGCUAAGUGGUGGACGGUCUUCUGACAGUGUUGAUGCAGCGGCCUCUGCUCUUAAACAGUUGGGUGUCUUGACCUUUGCAAUUGGAACCAGGGGGUCUGAUAGCAGAGAACUGCAGAAGAUAUCCCACGAUGACAAUUCUGCUGUCUCUGUGUCUGAUUUCUCCGACCUUCAACUCAUCCAAGAGCAACUUCAGUCCUCUUUGGAGGCUUUGGUUAUUGACGUCGAAACAGAAUCCCCAACUGAACUUGUUUACACUACCCAAAAGGAUAUUGUUUUCCUUCUGGAUGGCUCUGACGGCACAAGGAAUGGCUUCCCUGCCAUGCGUGAUUUUGUUGAGAAAGCGGUUGAAAAACUACACGUGGGAGAAAGAAAAGACCGUGUCUCUGUAGUCCAAUACAGCAGAGAUGUAGAGGUCCAAUUCAAUUUGAAUACAUACUCCACAAAAGAAGAUAUUUUGGAUUCCAUAAGAGGGCUGAAGCACACAGGAGGCCGGCCUCUCAACACCGGGGCUGCCCUUCAAUAUGUCAGGGACAACGUCUUUACAAACCCCGCCGGGAGUCGGCGCCUGCAAGGGGUUCCACAGAUUUUAAUUCUACUAAAUGGUGGGAGGUCUUUUGACAAUGUAGAUACUCCAGCGUCUGUUCUGAAACAGCAGGGCAUCAUUGUCAUUGGCAUUGGAACGAGGAACUCUGACACUGGGGAACUGCGAAAAGUAUCACAUCACCCUAAUUACACUCUAUCUGUGUCUGAAUUCACUGAACUGCCCAGUGUCCAAGAACAGAUUUCCUCUCUAAUGAGCACAGUGGCUGUCAGGGCCACACCCAUGACACCAACAGUAACUGUGGUGACAAAGCAAACGGGAAGAGAUGUUGUGUUCUUGCUGGAUGGAUCUGAUGGUACUAGAACUGGAUUCCGAGCCAUGCAAGACUUUGUCCAAAGAGUAGUAGAGAGACUUAGUGUUGAUGAUAGCAAAGACCGUGUCUCAGUGGUUCAGUACAGCAGAGAUCCAACCGCCCACUUCUAUUUGAACACAUACGGGACAAAAGCCCAGAUGCUUGACAUCGUCAGAGGUUUGAGGCACAAAGGCGGAAGACCCCUCAACACUGGAGCAGCUCUCCAGUACGUGAGGGACAAUGUUUUCACCGCCUCUGCCGGAAGCAGGCGCCUGGAAGGAGCUCCACAGGUCCUCAUACUGCUAAGUGGUGGACGGUCUUCUGACAGUGUUGAUGCAGCGGCCUCUGCUCUUAAACAGUUGGGUGUCUUGACCUUUGCAAUUGGAACCAGGGGGUCUGAUAGCAGAGAACUGCAGAAGAUAUCCCACGAUGACAAUUCUGCUGUCUCUGUGUCUGAUUUCUCCGACCUUCAACUCGUCCAAGAGCAACUUCAGUCCUCUUUGGAGGCUUUGGUUAUUGACGUCGAAACAGAAUCCCCAACUGAACUUGCUUACACUACCCAAAAGGAUAUUGUUUUCCUUCUGGAUGGCUCUGACGGCACAAGGAAUGGCUUCCCUGCCAUGCGUGAUUUUGUUGAGAAAGUGGUUGAAAAACUACACGUGGGAGAAAGAAAAGACCGUGUCUCUGUAGUCCAAUACAGCAGAGAUGUAGAGGUCCAAUUCAAUUUGAAUACAUACUCCACAAAAGAAGAUAUUUUGGAUUCCAUAAGAGGGCUGAAGCACAAAGGAGGCCGGCCUCUCAACACCGGGGCUGCCCUUCAAUAUGUCAGGGACAACGUCUUUACAAACCCCGCCGGGAGUCGGCGCCUGCAAGGGGUUCCACAGAUUUUAAUUCUACUAAAUGGUGGGAGGUCUUUUGACAAUGUAGAUACUCCAGCGUCUGUUCUGAAACAGCAGGGCAUCAUUGUCAUUGGCAUUGGAACGAGGAACUCUGACACUGGGGAACUGCGAAAAGUAUCACAUCACCCUAAUUACACUCUAUCUGUGUCUGAAUUCACUGAACUGCCCAGUGUCCAAGAACAGAUUUCCUCUCUAAUGAGCACAGUGGCUGUCAGGGCCACACCCAUGACACCAACAGUAACUGUGGUGACAAAGCAAACGGGAAGAGAUGUUGUGUUCUUGCUGGAUGGAUCUGAUGGUACUAGAACUGGAUUCCGAGCCAUGCAAGACUUUGUCCAAAGAGUAGUAGAGAGACUUAGUGUUGAUGAUAGCAAAGACCGUGUCUCAGUGGUUCAGUACAGCAGAGAUCCAACCGCCCACUUCUAUUUGAACACAUACGGGACAAAAGCCCAGAUGCUUGACAUCGUCAGAGGUUUGAGGCACAAAGGCGGAAGACCCCUCAACACUGGAGCAGCUCUCCAGUACGUGAGGGACAAUGUUUUCACCGCCUCUGCCGGAAGCAGGCGCCUGGAAGGAGCUCCACAGGUCCUCAUACUGCUAAGUGGUGGACGGUCUUCUGACAGUGUUGAUGCAGCGGCCUCUGCUCUUAAACAGUUGGGUGUCUUGACCUUUGCAAUUGGAACCAGGGGGUCUGAUAGCAGAGAACUGCAGAAGAUAUCCCACGAUGACAAUUCUGCUGUCUCUGUGUCUGAUUUCUCCGACCUUCAACUCGUCCAAGAGCAACUUCAGUCCUCUUUGGAGGCUUUGGUUAUUGACGUCGAAACAGAAUCCCCAACUGAACUUGCUUACACUACCCAAAAGGAUAUUGUUUUCCUUCUGGAUGGCUCUGACGGCACAAGGAAUGGCUUCCCUGCCAUGCGUGAUUUUGUUGAGAAAGUGGUUGAAAAACUACACGUGGGAGAAAGAAAAGACCGUGUCUCUGUAGUCCAAUACAGCAGAGAUGUAGAGGUCCAAUUCAAUUUGAAUACAUACUCCACAAAAGAAGAUAUUUUGGAUUCCAUAAGAGGGCUGAAGCACAAAGGAGGCCGGCCUCUCAACACCGGGGCUGCCCUUCAAUAUGUCAGGGACAACGUCUUUACAAACCCCGCCGGGAGUCGGCGCCUGCAAGGGGUUCCACAGAUUUUAAUUCUACUAAAUGGUGGGAGGUCUUUUGACAAUGUAGAUACUCCAGCGUCUGUUCUGAAACAGCAGGGCAUCAUUGUCAUUGGCAUUGGAACGAGGAACUCUGACACUGGGGAACUGCGAAAAGUAUCACAUCACCCUAAUUACACUCUAUCUGUGUCUGAAUUCACUGAACUGCCCAGUGUCCAAGAACAGAUUUCCUCUCUAAUGAGCACAGUGGCUGUCAGGGCCACACCCAUGACACCAACAGUAACUGUGGUGACAAAGCAAACGGGAAGAGAUGUUGUGUUCUUGCUGGAUGGAUCUGAUGGUACUAGAACUGGAUUCCGAGCCAUGCAAGACUUUGUCCAAAGAGUAGUAGAGAGACUUAGUGUUGAUGAUAGCAAAGACCGUGUCUCAGUGGUUCAGUACAGCAGAGAUCCAACCGCCCACUUCUAUUUGAACACAUACGGGACAAAAGCCCAGAUGCUUGACAUCGUCAGAGGUUUGAGGCACAAAGGCGGAAGACCCCUCAACACUGGAGCAGCUCUCCAGUACGUGAGGGACAAUGUUUUCACCGCCUCUGCCGGAAGCAGGCGCCUGGAAGGAGCUCCACAGGUCCUCAUACUGCUAAGUGGUGGACGGUCUUCUGACAGUGUUGAUGCAGCGGCCUCUGCUCUUAAACAGUUGGGUGUCUUGACCUUUGCAAUUGGAACCAGGGGGUCUGAUAGCAGAGAACUGCAGAAGAUAUCCCACGAUGACAAUUCUGCUGUCUCUGUGUCUGAUUUCUCCGACCUUCAACUCGUCCAAGAGCAACUUCAGUCCUCUUUGGAGGCUUUGGUUAUUGACGUCGAAACAGAAUCCCCAACUGAACUUGCUUACACUACCCAAAAGGAUAUUGUUUUCCUUCUGGAUGGCUCUGACGGCACAAGGAAUGGCUUCCCUGCCAUGCGUGAUUUUGUUGAGAAAGUGGUUGAAAAACUACACGUGGGAGAAAGAAAAGACCGUGUCUCUGUAGUCCAAUACAGCAGAGAUGUAGAGGUCCAAUUCAAUUUGAAUACAUACUCCACAAAAGAAGAUAUUUUGGAUUCCAUAAGAGGGCUGAAGCACAAAGGAGGCCGGCCUCUCAACACCGGGGCUGCCCUUCAAUAUGUCAGGGACAACGUCUUUACAAACCCCGCCGGGAGUCGGCGCCUGCAAGGGGUUCCACAGAUUUUAAUUCUACUAAAUGGUGGGAGGUCUUUUGACAAUGUAGAUACUCCAGCGUCUGUUCUGAAACAGCAGGGCAUCAUUGUCAUUGGCAUUGGAACGAGGAACUCUGACACUGGGGAACUGCGAAAAGUAUCACAUCACCCUAAUUACACUCUAUCUGUGUCUGAAUUCACUGAACUGCCCAGUGUCCAAGAACAGAUUUCCUCUCUAAUGAGCACAGUGGCUGUCAGGGCCACACCCAUGACACCAACAGUAACUGUGGUGACAAAGCAAACGGGAAGAGAUGUUGUGUUCUUGCUGGAUGGAUCUGAUGGUACUAGAACUGGAUUCCGAGCCAUGCAAGACUUUGUCCAAAGAGUAGUAGAGAGACUUAGUGUUGAUGAUAGCAAAGACCGUGUCUCAGUGGUUCAGUACAGCAGAGAUCCAACCGCCCACUUCUAUUUGAACACAUACGGGACAAAAGCCCAGAUGCUUGACAUCGUCAGAGGUUUGAGGCACAAAGGCGGAAGACCCCUCAACACUGGAGCAGCUCUCCAGUACGUGAGGGACAAUGUUUUCACCGCCUCUGCCGGAAGCAGGCGCCUGGAAGGAGCUCCACAGGUCCUCAUACUGCUAAGUGGUGGACGGUCUUCUGACAGUGUUGAUGCAGCGGCCUCUGCUCUUAAACAGUUGGGUGUCUUGACCUUUGCAAUUGGAACCAGGGGGUCUGAUAGCAGAGAACUGCAGAAGAUAUCCCACGAUGACAAUUCUGCUGUCUCUGUGUCUGAUUUCUCCGACCUUCAACUCGUCCAAGAGCAACUUCAGUCCUCUUUGGAGGCUUUGGUUAUUGACGUCGAAACAGAAUCCCCAACUGAACUUGCUUACACUACCCAAAAGGAUAUUGUUUUCCUUCUGGAUGGCUCUGACGGCACAAGGAAUGGCUUCCCUGCCAUGCGUGAUUUUGUUGAGAAAGUGGUUGAAAAACUACACGUGGGAGAAAGAAAAGACCGUGUCUCUGUAGUCCAAUACAGCAGAGAUGUAGAGGUCCAAUUCAAUUUGAAUACAUACUCCACAAAAGAAGAUAUUUUGGAUUCCAUAAGAGGGCUGAAGCACAAAGGAGGCCGGCCUCUCAACACCGGGGCUGCCCUUCAAUAUGUCAGGGACAACGUCUUUACAAACCCCGCCGGGAGUCGGCGCCUGCAAGGGGUUCCACAGAUUUUAAUUCUACUAAAUGGUGGGAGGUCUUUUGACAAUGUAGAUACUCCAGCGUCUGUUCUGAAACAGCAGGGCAUCAUUGUCAUUGGCAUUGGAACGAGGAACUCUGACACUGGGGAACUGCGAAAAGUAUCACAUCACCCUAAUUACACUCUAUCUGUGUCUGAAUUCACUGAACUGCCCAGUGUCCAAGAACAGAUUUCCUCUCUAAUGAGCACAGUGGCUGUCAGGGCCACACCCAUGACACCAACAGUAACUGUGGUGACAAAGCAAACGGGAAGAGAUGUUGUGUUCUUGCUGGAUGGAUCUGAUGGUACUAGAACUGGAUUCCGAGCCAUGCAAGACUUUGUCCAAAGAGUAGUAGAGAGACUUAGUGUUGAUGAUAGCAAAGACCGUGUCUCAGUGGUUCAGUACAGCAGAGAUCCAACCGCCCACUUCUAUUUGAACACAUACGGGACAAAAGCCCAGAUGCUUGACAUCGUCAGAGGUUUGAGGCACAAAGGCGGAAGACCCCUCAACACUGGAGCAGCUCUCCAGUACGUGAGGGACAAUGUUUUCACCGCCUCUGCCGGAAGCAGGCGCCUGGAAGGAGCUCCACAGGUCCUCAUACUGCUAAGUGGUGGACGGUCUUCUGACAGUGUUGAUGCAGCGGCCUCUGCUCUUAAACAGUUGGGUGUCUUGACCUUUGCAAUUGGAACCAGGGGGUCUGAUAGCAGAGAACUGCAGAAGAUAUCCCACGAUGACAAUUCUGCUGUCUCUGUGUCUGAUUUCUCCGACCUUCAACUCGUCCAAGAGCAACUUCAGUCCUCUUUGGAGGCUUUGGUUAUUGACGUCGAAACAGAAUCCCCAACUGAACUUGCUUACACUACCCAAAAGGAUAUUGUUUUCCUUCUGGAUGGCUCUGACGGCACAAGGAAUGGCUUCCCUGCCAUGCGUGAUUUUGUUGAGAAAGUGGUUGAAAAACUACACGUGGGAGAAAGAAAAGACCGUGUCUCUGUAGUCCAAUACAGCAGAGAUGUAGAGGUCCAAUUCAAUUUGAAUACAUACUCCACAAAAGAAGAUAUUUUGGAUUCCAUAAGAGGGCUGAAGCACAAAGGAGGCCGGCCUCUCAACACCGGGGCUGCCCUUCAAUAUGUCAGGGACAACGUCUUUACAAACCCCGCCGGGAGUCGGCGCCUGCAAGGGGUUCCACAGAUUUUAAUUCUACUAAAUGGUGGGAGGUCUUUUGACAAUGUAGAUACUCCAGCGUCUGUUCUGAAACAGCAGGGCAUCAUUGUCAUUGGCAUUGGAACGAGGAACUCUGACACUGGGGAACUGCGAAAAGUAUCACAUCACCCUAAUUACACUCUAUCUGUGUCUGAAUUCACUGAACUGCCCAGUGUCCAAGAACAGAUUUCCUCUCUAAUGAGCACAGUGGCUGUCAGGGCCACACCCAUGACACCAACAGUAACUGUGGUGACAAAGCAAACGGGAAGAGAUGUUGUGUUCUUGCUGGAUGGAUCUGAUGGUACUAGAACUGGAUUCCGAGCCAUGCAAGACUUUGUCCAAAGAGUAGUAGAGAGACUUAGUGUUGAUGAUAGCAAAGACCGUGUCUCAGUGGUUCAGUACAGCAGAGAUCCAACCGCCCACUUCUAUUUGAACACAUACGGGACAAAAGCCCAGAUGCUUGACAUCGUCAGAGGUUUGAGGCACAAAGGCGGAAGACCCCUCAACACUGGAGCAGCUCUCCAGUACGUGAGGGACAAUGUUUUCACCGCCUCUGCCGGAAGCAGGCGCCUGGAAGGAGCUCCACAGGUCCUCAUACUGCUAAGUGGUGGACGGUCUUCUGACAGUGUUGAUGCAGCGGCCUCUGCUCUUAAACAGUUGGGUGUCUUGACCUUUGCAAUUGGAACCAGGGGGUCUGAUAGCAGAGAACUGCAGAAGAUAUCCCACGAUGACAAUUCUGCUGUCUCUGUGUCUGAUUUCUCCGACCUUCAACUCGUCCAAGAGCAACUUCAGUCCUCUUUGGAGGCUUUGGUUAUUGACGUCGAAACAGAAUCCCCAACUGAACUUGCUUACACUACCCAAAAGGAUAUUGUUUUCCUUCUGGAUGGCUCUGACGGCACAAGGAAUGGCUUCCCUGCCAUGCGUGAUUUUGUUGAGAAAGUGGUUGAAAAACUACACGUGGGAGAAAGAAAAGACCGUGUCUCUGUAGUCCAAUACAGCAGAGAUGUAGAGGUCCAAUUCAAUUUGAAUACAUACUCCACAAAAGAAGAUAUUUUGGAUUCCAUAAGAGGGCUGAAGCACAAAGGAGGCCGGCCUCUCAACACCGGGGCUGCCCUUCAAUAUGUCAGGGACAACGUCUUUACAAACCCCGCCGGGAGUCGGCGCCUGCAAGGGGUUCCACAGAUUUUAAUUCUACUAAAUGGUGGGAGGUCUUUUGACAAUGUAGAUACUCCAGCGUCUGUUCUGAAACAGCAGGGCAUCAUUGUCAUUGGCAUUGGAACGAGGAACUCUGACACUGGGGAACUGCGAAAAGUAUCACAUCACCCUAAUUACACUCUAUCUGUGUCUGAAUUCACUGAACUGCCCAGUGUCCAAGAACAGAUUUCCUCUCUAAUGAGCACAGUGGCUGUCAGGGCCACACCCAUGACACCAACAGUAACUGUGGUGACAAAGCAAACGGGAAGAGAUGUUGUGUUCUUGCUGGAUGGAUCUGAUGGUACUAGAACUGGAUUCCGAGCCAUGCAAGACUUUGUCCAAAGAGUAGUAGAGAGACUUAGUGUUGAUGAUAGCAAAGACCGUGUCUCAGUGGUUCAGUACAGCAGAGAUCCAACCGCCCACUUCUAUUUGAACACAUACGGGACAAAAGCCCAGAUGCUUGACAUCGUCAGAGGUUUGAGGCACAAAGGCGGAAGACCCCUCAACACUGGAGCAGCUCUCCAGUACGUGAGGGACAAUGUUUUCACCGCCUCUGCCGGAAGCAGGCGCCUGGAAGGAGCUCCACAGGUCCUCAUACUGCUAAGUGGUGGACGGUCUUCUGACAGUGUUGAUGCAGCGGCCUCUGCUCUUAAACAGUUGGGUGUCUUGACCUUUGCAAUUGGAACCAGGGGGUCUGAUAGCAGAGAACUGCAGAAGAUAUCCCACGAUGACAAUUCUGCUGUCUCUGUGUCUGAUUUCUCCGACCUUCAACUCGUCCAAGAGCAACUUCAGUCCUCUUUGGAGGCUUUGGUUAUUGACGUCGAAACAGAAUCCCCAACUGAACUUGCUUACACUACCCAAAAGGAUAUUGUUUUCCUUCUGGAUGGCUCUGACGGCACAAGGAAUGGCUUCCCUGCCAUGCGUGAUUUUGUUGAGAAAGUGGUUGAAAAACUACACGUGGGAGAAAGAAAAGACCGUGUCUCUGUAGUCCAAUACAGCAGAGAUGUAGAGGUCCAAUUCAAUUUGAAUACAUACUCCACAAAAGAAGAUAUUUUGGAUUCCAUAAGAGGGCUGAAGCACAAAGGAGGCCGGCCUCUCAACACCGGGGCUGCCCUUCAAUAUGUCAGGGACAACGUCUUUACAAACCCCGCCGGGAGUCGGCGCCUGCAAGGGGUUCCACAGAUUUUAAUUCUACUAAAUGGUGGGAGGUCUUUUGACAAUGUAGAUACUCCAGCGUCUGUUCUGAAACAGCAGGGCAUCAUUGUCAUUGGCAUUGGAACGAGGAACUCUGACACUGGGGAACUGCGAAAAGUAUCACAUCACCCUAAUUACACUCUAUCUGUGUCUGAAUUCACUGAACUGCCCAGUGUCCAAGAACAGAUUUCCUCUCUAAUGAGCACAGUGGCUGUCAGGGCCACACCCAUGACACCAACAGUAACUGUGGUGACAAAGCAAACGGGAAGAGAUGUUGUGUUCUUGCUGGAUGGAUCUGAUGGUACUAGAACUGGAUUCCGAGCCAUGCAAGACUUUGUCCAAAGAGUAGUAGAGAGACUUAGUGUUGAUGAUAGCAAAGACCGUGUCUCAGUGGUUCAGUACAGCAGAGAUCCAACCGCCCACUUCUAUUUGAACACAUACGGGACAAAAGCCCAGAUGCUUGACAUCGUCAGAGGUUUGAGGCACAAAGGCGGAAGACCCCUCAACACUGGAGCAGCUCUCCAGUACGUGAGGGACAAUGUUUUCACCGCCUCUGCCGGAAGCAGGCGCCUGGAAGGAGCUCCACAGGUCCUCAUACUGCUAAGUGGUGGACGGUCUUCUGACAGUGUUGAUGCAGCGGCCUCUGCUCUUAAACAGUUGGGUGUCUUGACCUUUGCAAUUGGAACCAGGGGGUCUGAUAGCAGAGAACUGCAGAAGAUAUCCCACGAUGACAAUUCUGCUGUCUCUGUGUCUGAUUUCUCCGACCUUCAACUCGUCCAAGAGCAACUUCAGUCCUCUUUGGAGGCUUUGGUUAUUGACGUCGAAACAGAAUCCCCAACUGAACUUGCUUACACUACCCAAAAGGAUAUUGUUUUCCUUCUGGAUGGCUCUGACGGCACAAGGAAUGGCUUCCCUGCCAUGCGUGAUUUUGUUGAGAAAGUGGUUGAAAAACUACACGUGGGAGAAAGAAAAGACCGUGUCUCUGUAGUCCAAUACAGCAGAGAUGUAGAGGUCCAAUUCAAUUUGAAUACAUACUCCACAAAAGAAGAUAUUUUGGAUUCCAUAAGAGGGCUGAAGCACAAAGGAGGCCGGCCUCUCAACACCGGGGCUGCCCUUCAAUAUGUCAGGGACAACGUCUUUACAAACCCCGCCGGGAGUCGGCGCCUGCAAGGGGUUCCACAGAUUUUAAUUCUACUAAAUGGUGGGAGGUCUUUUGACAAUGUAGAUACUCCAGCGUCUGUUCUGAAACAGCAGGGCAUCAUUGUCAUUGGCAUUGGAACGAGGAACUCUGACACUGGGGAACUGCGAAAAGUAUCACAUCACCCUAAUUACACUCUAUCUGUGUCUGAAUUCACUGAACUGCCCAGUGUCCAAGAACAGAUUUCCUCUCUAAUGAGCACAGUGGCUGUCAGGGCCACACCCAUGACACCAACAGUAACUGUGGUGACAAAGCAAACGGGAAGAGAUGUUGUGUUCUUGCUGGAUGGAUCUGAUGGUACUAGAACUGGAUUCCGAGCCAUGCAAGACUUUGUCCAAAGAGUAGUAGAGAGACUUAGUGUUGAUGAUAGCAAAGACCGUGUCUCAGUGGUUCAGUACAGCAGAGAUCCAACCGCCCACUUCUAUUUGAACACAUACGGGACAAAAGCCCAGAUGCUUGACAUCGUCAGAGGUUUGAGGCACAAAGGCGGAAGACCCCUCAACACUGGAGCAGCUCUCCAGUACGUGAGGGACAAUGUUUUCACCGCCUCUGCCGGAAGCAGGCGCCUGGAAGGAGCUCCACAGGUCCUCAUACUGCUAAGUGGUGGACGGUCUUCUGACAGUGUUGAUGCAGCGGCCUCUGCUCUUAAACAGUUGGGUGUCUUGACCUUUGCAAUUGGAACCAGGGGGUCUGAUAGCAGAGAACUGCAGAAGAUAUCCCACGAUGACAAUUCUGCUGUCUCUGUGUCUGAUUUCUCCGACCUUCAACUCGUCCAAGAGCAACUUCAGUCCUCUUUGGAGGCUUUGGUUAUUGACGUCGAAACAGAAUCCCCAACUGAACUUGCUUACACUACCCAAAAGGAUAUUGUUUUCCUUCUGGAUGGCUCUGACGGCACAAGGAAUGGCUUCCCUGCCAUGCGUGAUUUUGUUGAGAAAGUGGUUGAAAAACUACACGUGGGAGAAAGAAAAGACCGUGUCUCUGUAGUCCAAUACAGCAGAGAUGUAGAGGUCCAAUUCAAUUUGAAUACAUACUCCACAAAAGAAGAUAUUUUGGAUUCCAUAAGAGGGCUGAAGCACAAAGGAGGCCGGCCUCUCAACACCGGGGCUGCCCUUCAAUAUGUCAGGGACAACGUCUUUACAAACCCCGCCGGGAGUCGGCGCCUGCAAGGGGUUCCACAGAUUUUAAUUCUACUAAAUGGUGGGAGGUCUUUUGACAAUGUAGAUACUCCAGCGUCUGUUCUGAAACAGCAGGGCAUCAUUGUCAUUGGCAUUGGAACGAGGAACUCUGACACUGGGGAACUGCGAAAAGUAUCACAUCACCCUAAUUACACUCUAUCUGUGUCUGAAUUCACUGAACUGCCCAGUGUCCAAGAACAGAUUUCCUCUCUAAUGAGCACAGUGGCUGUCAGGGCCACACCCAUGACACCAACAGUAACUGUGGUGACAAAGCAAACGGGAAGAGAUGUUGUGUUCUUGCUGGAUGGAUCUGAUGGUACUAGAACUGGAUUCCGAGCCAUGCAAGACUUUGUCCAAAGAGUAGUAGAGAGACUUAGUGUUGAUGAUAGCAAAGACCGUGUCUCAGUGGUUCAGUACAGCAGAGAUCCAACCGCCCACUUCUAUUUGAACACAUACGGGACAAAAGCCCAGAUGCUUGACAUCGUCAGAGGUUUGAGGCACAAAGGCGGAAGACCCCUCAACACUGGAGCAGCUCUCCAGUACGUGAGGGACAAUGUUUUCACCGCCUCUGCCGGAAGCAGGCGCCUGGAAGGAGCUCCACAGGUCCUCAUACUGCUAAGUGGUGGACGGUCUUCUGACAGUGUUGAUGCAGCGGCCUCUGCUCUUAAACAGUUGGGUGUCUUGACCUUUGCAAUUGGAACCAGGGGGUCUGAUAGCAGAGAACUGCAGAAGAUAUCCCACGAUGACAAUUCUGCUGUCUCUGUGUCUGAUUUCACCGAACUUCAACUCGUCCAAGAGCAACUUCAGUCCUCUUUGGAGACUUUGGUUAUUGACGUCGAAACAGAAUCCCCAACUGAACUUGGCCCCCGGAAGGAUGUUGUUUUUCUUGUUGAUGGAUCUGAUGGCGUUGGAAUGGAAUUUCCUAUCAUCCAGGAGUUUAUCCGCAGGGUUGUAGAGAGUCUCAAUGUGGGCGAGAAUAAGAUCCGGAUUGGUGUCGUCCAAUAUGGUGACUCUGCUCAAGUUGACAUGUUUCUGAACGCACAUACAACUAAAGAAAGUGUUUUGCAAGCUGUCAGGGGAAUGAAGCGGCGAGGGGGAAGACAGCGUAAUUUGGGUCAGGCCUUACAGUUUGUCAAUCAGGAUGUUCUGACAGCAACACGUGGUAGCAGAAAGGCAGAGGGUGUACCUCAGUUCGUAAUUGUCAUCUCCAGCGGGUCCUCAACAGAUGACGUCCGUAGUGCGGCGUCUUCCCUCAAACAAUCGAGAGUUCUUCCUUUCAGCAUCGGGACCAGGGAUGUUAAUCCUACAGAACUUCGAGUGGUGUCAUACGUGCCUAACUUUGCUUUCACUAUCGAUGACCUUCCUGGCCUUUACACGGUCAAAGAAAACCUAAUCACCACCCUCACUGAGCUGUCAGAUGCUGACAUCAACAGCAUGCGUCCAGAAUUUCCACCUGCAGUGACCCCAGCACCCACUGGUGGAGAAAAGAGGGAUGUUGUUUUUCUGAUAGAUGGCACCACAACUGUGCGUAAUGAGUUCCCUUCCAUCCGUGAAAUGAUAACCAGAGUUGUGGAGAAGCUGGACGUAGGAUUGGAUAAAGUCAGAAUUUCAGUGGUUCAGUACAGUGAUGUACCGAAGCUCGAAUUUCUUCUAAAUGAAUUCUCCACCAAAGACGAGGUACGCCAGGCUGUGACAAAACUCCAAAGCAAAGGCGGGAACCGUCUAAACACAGGUGCCGCUCUUGAGUGGGUCUAUAGAAAUAUCUACCAGAGGUCAGCAGGAAGCCGCAUUGAGGAGGGUGUGCCCCAGUUCCUCAUUCUAGUUACAGGUGGCAAGUCAACAGAUGAUGUGUCCACUUCAGCUGAACAACUUAAGAGAAACCAGGUUGCACCUCUUGCCAUUGGUUCAAGGAAUGCAGACCCCGACGAAUUGAGACUGAUUUCACUGAAGCCUGAACUGGUAUAUACAGUUGACAGUUUUCGGCAGCUGUCAAGAGUGGAGUCGCAGCUCAUUGAUUCCGUCAAAACAAUAUCCACCACUGACAUCCGCAAUUAUGUUCCUCUGCUAGUGGACUUAGGUAUAUUAAAUCUUGGGAGAAAGGACAUAAUUUUCCUUAUUGAUGGCUCAGACAACACAGGUGUUGAGGGCGCAGCGCAUAUCCGUGACUUCAUCCUUAACAUUGUCCAACAACUCGACGUGCAGCCUGAUCAAGUGCGCAUAGGGGUUGUCCAGUACGCAAACCGAGUCAAAACAGAGUUCUCACUCAACUCUCACAACAACAAGCCAGCUGUUGUCUCCGCAAUUAAAAGACUUCGUCCGAUGGGUGGACGGUCAUCAGAUCUGGCCGAUGCCAUUAAAUACGUUCAACAGAAUGAGUUCAAAGUUUCUUCAGGGGUUCGUCAAGAGGCCUCCCAGCAUCUUGUGGUACUCACAGGUGGACGUUCUCCCCAAGAUGUUUCCAUCUACGGACCUCUGCUUAAAGCAGGUCGUGUCAACUGCAUUGGUGUUGGCGCUGCUAAUGCCGACACAAAGCAGCUAACCCAAAUAGCCACAUCCUCAGCUGAUGUCCUCAAGGUUCGAGAAUUCAGUGGCCUGCCAGAAAUCCGUCAGGGGGUUAUUGACAGGUUGAGUGGGACCAUUACUGAGGAAACAUCAACAGGACCUGACCCACUUCCUCAAAAAAAAGCUGAUAUAGUGUUUUUGGUAGAUGGCUCCAUUAACUUAGGCAAGGAAAACUUCAAUGAAGUGAUGAUGUUUAUUACCAACUUAAUUGAUCUGUUCUUCAACGAGAGAGACGACCUGCGGAUUGGUCUGGCACAUUAUGCCGCAGAUGUUACUGAUGUUUUCUAUCUCAACACAUACCAGAACCGGGACGACAUUUUAAGUGCAAUUGGCCGAGCAGAAUAUAAAGGUGGACGUAAAAUUAAUACUGGUGCAGCCAUACGCCACGCUCAAAAUGUUUACUUUACCAAAGAAAAAGGCAGCAGGAUGGAUGAGGGCACUCCUCAAAUUCUAAUGGUUGUCACUGGAGGCCGCUCAGCUGAUGAUGGCAAAACAGCCGCCCUUGGUUUAAAGAAGAAAGGUGUGAGGGUCUUUGCUGUAGGAGUGGGCGACAUUGAGAAAGAAUUAGGAAACUUAGCAAGUGAGCCUUCCACUGUGGCUAGAGCAAGCACCUUCCUAGAACUAUCAGAGCUCAAUGAGCAAAUUCUGGAGACGUUGGACGAUGAAGUGAAAGGCCGUCUGUGUCAUGGUGUGCCAGAAACUUCUAAAACCUGCAGCAUAGAGGUGUUGGUGGGCUUUGAUGUUUCUGCCCAGAACAUCUUCAAUGCUCAGACCAACCUUCGGAUGAAGGUCGAAGGCAUUCUGAAGAGGAUUUCGCAAUCUGCAGCUAUCAGUUGCUCAUCUGGGCAGAUUCCUUCUGUGCAAAUUGGCAUGCUGGCCUUAGACUCGACUUCUGAGCCUGUCCAGCUGGACUUCACUAGCAAGGCUGGUGAGCUCUUUGAGGCAUUCAACGCCCUACGGAAUCGUGGCCCCUUUGUCCUCAAUGGCAAGACCAUCUCAGCUUACACCAAUCGCUUCAAAACCAGACAGGACGGCAUUGUCAAGGUUGUUAUUCAUCUUACUGAUGGUAUUGACGCCCAAUUUGAUGAAUUGAAAAAGCAAGUUGAGGAGCUUCGUUUCUCAGGAGUGAACAGUUUCAUUCUGGUCGGCCUUGAGCGAGUGCCCAAAUUUGAGGAAGCUUUGCUGCUGGAAUUUGGUCGGGGAUACAGGUACACCAGACCUUUACGACUCAACAUCCUAUACUUGGACGAUGAGCUAACAGAAGAACUGGACCAUAUUGCAGAGAGGGAAUGCUGUAAUGUGCAUUGCAAAUGCAGUGGCACCAGAGGAAGCAGAGGAGCAGCUGGAGAGUCAGGGACUAAGGGUGAUUCGGGAUCACCAGGAAGCCAAGGACAUCCUGGAGAUGAAGGUGGACCUGGAGAGAGAGGUCCUCCUGGUGUCAAUGGAACUCAGGGUUUCCAGGGAUGUCCUGGACAAAGAGGUGUCAAGGGUUCUCGUGGUUCUUCAGGAGAAAAGGGUGACUUUGGAGAAAUUGGACUUGAUGGCAUCAAUGGAGAAGAGGGCAAAAGUGGAGUGGCCGGACCCCCGGGAGAGAGAGGAAACGCUGGCAGGAGAGGUCCCAAAGGUACAAAAGGACAAGAAGGAGACACAGGAGGAGUGGGAUUCAGAGGAGACCCUGGUGUUGGUGGAAAAAAUAACAACAGCACUGGACCUAAAGGAGACCCUGGUGAUGCUGGACCAGCGGGAAAGCUUGGUCAGGAUGGACAGAAGGGAGCCCCUGGUGAACUUGGCAGACCGGGGGCUAAAGGAAGAAGAGGCUCAUAUGGAAAGGCUGGUAUUCCCGGAGGUCCAGGUGAUAAGGGUGUUCAGGGAGAACCUGGUAUAGGAGGAUCAAGAGGUCCUUCGGGACCAAACGGUCCUCCGGGACCCAGAGGAGAAGAUGGAAACGCUGGACCCAGAGGUCCCGGCGGGAGUCCAGGUCCCGCUGGAGAUAGUGGUAGAAGAGGAGCUCUUGGUCGCAAGGGUGAACCAGGAGAUCCAGGACCAAAGGGUGUUAUAGGACCUCUUGGUCCCCGCGGAGAGUCCGGUCAAGAUGGUAGAGAUGGGUUUGGCUUUGAAGGGCCUAAAGGAAGAAAGGGUGAUCCAGGCUUCCCAGGGUACCCAGGACCAAAGGCACCAGCUGGUGAACCCGGAACGAGCGGAGGACCCGGACGCAAAGGGAAUGCUGGACAGGGGGGUAUCUCAGGGAGUACUGGCACACCCGGAACGAAGGGAGACUUUGGAUAUCCUGGGCCAUAUGGACAGAAAGGCCCGAGAGGACCAGGUGUUGUGCAAUGUGACCUGGUUAAGAAGAUCAGAGAAAAUUGUCCUUGCUGUUCUGGUCAGAAGGAAUGCCCGCUCUUCCCCACUGAGCUGGCCUUUGCCUUGGAUGCUUCUGAAGGUGUUGGCCGCCCGGCCUUCAACAAUAUGCGAGAAACAGUCCUGCGCCUAGUCAGAGACAUCACCAUCUCCGAGAGUAGCUGUCCAAGAGGAGCUCGUGUUGCUUUAACCCUGUACAACAAUGAAGUAACCACAGAGGUUCGGUUCGCUGAUGCAAUGAAGAAACGCGUCCUGUUGCAGCACAUUGAGGGACUUCAGACCCUGCAGACCCGGAAGCAGCGCAGCUUGGACACAGCCAUGAGCUUUUUGGCCCACAACACCUUUAAGAGAGUGCGCAGUGGCUUCCUCAUGAGAAAGGUGGCCAUCUUCUUUGUUGGAGGAACAGUCAGUCAGGCACAAACAGUUACCAACGCAGCUCUUCGCCUCCAUGACGCCGGAAUUACUACUCUGUUUCUGGUGCCUCGUGAGGACCGAGCUCUUAGCAGAGCGCUGGAGGUCAACAACACAGCACUGGGCCAAGUGAUUGUCCUUCCUAAUGCUGGAAGUGCACAGUACAAUUCAGUGAUCCAGAAGGUGAUGAACUGCCAUGUGUGCCUUGACAUUUGCUCUCCGGACCAAAUGUGUGACUAUGUUCCACCAUUGCCCAGUCGAGAUAGGAGGUCCUCAACCACAGACGUGGACAUCGACAUGGCUUUCAUCAUAGACAGCUCUGAGUCCACCUACCCAACAGUUUUUACAGAGAUUAAGCGUUACAUUGCACACAUAGUGGAGCAGCUACAAGUGUCUUCAAAUCCCACAUCAUCUGUUAACCACGCCAGGGUGUCUGUGAUCCAGCAAGCACCUUACAAGUUCCUCAACAACAAAACGGGCUCCGCCAUCCAUGUGGACAUUGGUUUGACCGAUCACCACUCAGCUCAGGACUUUGUCAAAUUUCUGCUGGAGAAGACACCACAGUUAGAGGGUGGCCGUGCGCUGGCAGCAGCUAUCGAAUCCACAGUGGAGCAGGUGUUUGAGACGGCGCCUCUCCACCGGGACAGGAAAGUGCUGAUGUUCUUUGUGACAGGGAGUGUGGAAGAAGAAGAGGUGCAGCUUCUGCGUAUUGCCACUGAGGUCAAGUGCAGAGGCUACUUCCUGGUCAUCCUGGGCAUUGGUGACAAGUUGAGUGCAGGAGACACCCGUGUCUUGUCACGCAUGGCCAGCGAGCCGUCAGAUGUGUUCUUCAAGCGGCUGGACAGCAUCUCGGAAUUUUAUGACAAAAACAUCCAGACCUUUGGCCAGCUUUUGCCAAAGUAUAUCAGCAUCGAAAAUGCUUUCUACAUGUCCCCCGAAGUCUCCAAAAACUGCAAGUGGUUCCAGAGUGACCAACCACUUAAAAACCCCUUUACACCAUCACAGCAGGAUAAUCAUCAGAAACAUCAUGAAAAACAACAAGCAGUUCAUCAAAGAAAGCACAAUGAUGCAGAUGAGCUGCACGUCUCUAACGUCACAUCCAGUAGUUUGAAAUUGCGUUGGACCGGCCCAGACCCCAAGCUCUUUGUCUACUUUGAGGUUGUGGUGACUCGUCUCCACGACCAUGCUCUGGUGCUGAAGACCAACGUGUCAGACACAGAGCUUUCGGUGCACAACUUAGUAAGUGCCCAAACAUACCAUGUUGUGGUUUACGCCCACAAUGCAGAGGGUGAAACUGUCUCCACCCGCAAAGGCAUCGUUACUACCAAAGCAGCAGAUCACAUGCCAGAGCAUAAGCAUGCUAACCAAGGCCCCAGGACUGUGAACACCGCACCACUGGAAAAACCAGAAACAGUGCCGGAGCCUCAGCCAGAAGAGCAGCAGGCGGAAAAGGUGCAGAUCCUCCCGAAUCCUGUGGACUCUACAGAUGUGGACAUUUGCCAGCUUCCCAAAGAGGAAGGCACUUGUGCCAAAUUUGUCCUCAAGUGGCACUUCGAUGCCCUGAGCAAGAGCUGCACACGGUUCUGGUACGGAGGCUGCGACGGGAACCAAAAUCGCUUUGACACGCAUCAGCAGUGUGUUACGGCUUGCGGAAAAGCAGCCCCCGUCAACCAAGGAGUCAUGGAUGCAAUAAGAACAUAGGACGAAGCAUGGCCAGCUGCCCCCUCUGUUUAGGAGAUUCUUAGGAGCAUCACCCCAAAAAGCCACACUGUAAGGAUGUAAUACUAAAGCAAUGGUGGCUGCACUGGAUUCCACAAAAAAUGGACUUUAUCCCCGAAAUUCUUGAAGUAGAGAAGGGAGGCAACAUGAUUUGUUGCAUAAUUAGUUUGAACCUUCUGGUGCUAUAUAUUUGUUUUACCAAUGACCUUUUUAAGUGCAUAGUCUUGUAAAGUCACAUUUUCAUCAUACGUCUUCAAGUUUAAAAAAAAGCAGUUCUAUGAUUAUACAAGAAACAUAUUUGAAUAUCUUGGGCAGAGUUUUAAGCCAUACAUCCGUACAAGCAGGACUUGCAUCAUUCAAUGCAAUAUUUUUUUUCUGAUAUAUUGUGUAUUUUACAUUCCCAUUGCAACAUCAACUUUUAUUGAUCUAUAUUGUCUUAAAACACACGUGAUCCCUUUGGAAUCAUCACCACCCUAUUUUACAGUCACAGAAUCCACAGCAAUGUUUACACAACUCUUAUACGCUGGUUUUAUGAUUUUAUAAUGACCAACCAUCAAUGUAAUGUUAAGUGCACUUCUGGAUCCACUGCCUCAUACACACUUAGUUCCAGAUAAUGAGAAAUGGAAUAUACUUGUCAAACAAUUUUCUUUUAUUUGGUUUAACUGAAAUGUGUGUUCUAUCAGGGUGUAGUGGUGAAUAAACACAAGACUUUCUAAUAGACAUGA